AUGGAUAAGUCAUGGAUGCAUGCUGAUAGAAGGUCAAAGAAGUUUGAGCUAGGAGUAGCAGAGUUUCUCAAGUUGGCCGAGUCUAAUACCAAUAACAAAAACAAGAUUUCUUGUCCUUGCUUGAAAUGUAGUAACACGAAGGGAUUUUCUGUUGGAGUUAUUAAGGAUCAUAUAUUUUGGAAUGGUAUUAAUGAGAGUUAUAAGCAUUGGAGGUGGCAUGGAGAACCUACUACAUCUGCUAUGAAUGACAAUAGAGUUGAAUCUAAAACUAUAGAUUGGGAACCUGGGAUAGGGGAGAAUGAUUGGGGCUUUGGAGAAAGUGAGGAUGAGCAGAUUUCCGAAGACUCUAAUGAGUUUUUGAAGUAUGUAGAGGAUGGGGAUCAACCUUUGUACCCAGGUUGUACGAAGACAACCAAGCUGAAUGGUCUGAUUCAGACCUUCAAUUUGAAAGCAAAGCAUGGAAUGACCGAUGCUUGCUAUUCAGAUAUGCUUAUCAUGAUUGGGGGUCUGCUUCCUGAAGGGAAUCAGGUUCCUUUGUCUUUGUAUGAAGCGAAAAAGACACUUAGUGCUUUAGGGAUGGAGUAUGAAAAAAUUCAUGCAUGUCCUAAUGACUGCAUCUUGUAUAGACAGCAGCAUGCAGAUGCUCUUAUCUGCCCCAACUGUGGUGUUUCAAGGUGGAAAUUGGGUAGGGAUAAAACUGUGAAAGAAGGGAUACCAGCAAAGGUUUUAUGGUACUUUCCACCAAUCCCAAGGUUCAAACGAAUGUAUCAAUCGACCAACACAGCUAAGAAUCUUACUUGGCAUGAGUCUGGUAGAAAGAAAGAUGGAAUGAUGCGACACCCAGCUGAUUCUCCUACUUGGGAAUUACUUGACAAACCAUAUCCAGAAUUCAGUAGCGACCCUAGAAACCUCAGACUAGCCCUAUCUUCUGAUGGAUUUAACCCGCAUAGUUCUCUAAGCAGCAAGUAUUCUUGUUGGCCAGUUAUACUGGUCACAUAUAACCUUCCUCCAUGGCUUUGUAUGAAGAGGAAGUUUAUGAUGUUGACAUUGUUAAUAUCGGGACCAAAGCAACCUGGUAACGAUAUCGACAUCUACUUGCAGCCAUUAAUAGAUAAUCUGAAAGUAUUGUGGGAUGGGGUUGAGGGAGUAUACGAUGCACUAAGAGGGGACUACUUCAAAUUGAAAGCGGUCCUGCUGUGGACUAUUAAUGACUUUCACGCAUACGGGAACUUGUCUGAUAGCAUUGUUAAAGGAUACAAUGCUUGUCCAAUUUGCCUUGACCAGACUCGACCUUAUAGGUUAAAAAAAGGUAAAAAAAUGGCAUUCAUGAGGCAUCGCAGGUUCCUACUAAAAAAAGGUAAAAAAAUGGCAUUCAUGAGGCAUCGCAGGUUCCUACCUAGACAUCAUCCGUAUAGGAAACAGGCUGUUGCUUUUGACAACACCGUAGAGGAGGAUCUACCUCCUCUACCAUUAACCGGAGAGGAGGUGUUUGCUAGAGUAGAGGGUCUGAAUUGUGUGUGUGGGAAAAAGAAACGCUUUCCUCCUGCCAAGGGUGUUGAAGACCAAGGCAAACCUUGCUGGAAAAAGAAGUCUGUCUUCUUUGAACUAGAGUAUUGGAAAUAUAUUCCGGUACUACAUAAUCUCGAUGUCAUGCACAUCGAGAAGAACUGUUGUGAUGCCAUCAUUGGUACGCUGCUGAACAUUCCCGGGAAGACAAAGGAUGGGGUUGCAGCGCGUUUGGACAUGGUGGAGAUGGGUAUUAGGUCUGGUUUGAACCCAAAAGUUGGUGCCAAAAGGGAUAAAUUACCUCUAGCUAGUUGGAACUUGAUGCUUGGUGAAAAAAAAAUAGUUUGUGGCUCUUUUUUUGAAAUGACAGUUCCUGUUAGGUUUUCGUCAAAUGUAAGGAAUCUUGUCUCUAUGGAGGAUUUAAAACUUGCUGGUCUGAAAUCGCAUGACUGUCACACUAUCAUGUAG